AGAUGUAAUUUGUUUGCUUUCAGAAAAUGAGCCCUGAAAAAAAAGCGUGGAUUAAGCCCUUUUUUGGAGAACUUUCAUUGAAUAAACCAAAAGACACUAUUCAAAAUCGACCCAAACUCGCAGUAAAUAAUAAAAGGACUCAUGCCCAAAGUGAAAAAAAGAAUUCUGAUUGGUGUAAUACUUACAUACCUCAGUCUGUCAGUAAACUAGCCGUACAUUCUGGUAAAAUAAAAGAAGUACAAAUUUGGUUUGAAAGUUUGGAUAACAAAUUGUUGACCAACAGUAAAUUUUUACUUGUGAGUGGACCUAGUGGAUGUUCCAAAGCUACUGCUGUUAGAUUAAUUGCCAAACAUUGUGGUUUCACGUGUUUAGAAUGGAUUACUCCAAUGUCUGCUGAACCAAUAUAUGAUCAAUGUACCGGUGGUUAUUCUUAUGAAAGUGUUCAAGAAAGAUUUCAAGAUUUUAUUUGGGGUGCAACAAGAUACCGAAGUUUAAACUGUGGGAUUUCUAGUAAUCAAUUUUUGUUAAUUAAAGAUAUUCCUAAUGUUUUUCUCGAUAAACCAGAUGAAUUUCACAAUAUUAUGUCACGUUUCAAUUCAGCAUCCAAAUUUCCAAUAGUAUUUAUUGUAAAUAAUGAAAAAUUAGUUAGAAACUUGUUUCCUACAGAAAUCUUAGAAAAAUUUAAAGUGCAAGAAAUUAAAUUCAAUCCAAUCACUAGAAAAUCUGUAUUAAAUGUAUUAGGACAAAUAAUUAAAGCUGAACAGCAGCACAAUAAACUAUUAAAAGUACCUAAUUCCAAUGAAUUGAACACUAUAUAUGAAGAGACAAAUGGUGAUUUAAGAAGUGCAAUUAUACAUUUAAGUUUUAAUUGUAUGAACGUUCAAAAUAAAACUAUUAAAACAAGUUCAACAGCUCCAAAGAAUGAGCAUCUCGAUUUAUUUCAUUCUAUUGGUCGUGUAUUAUACCCAAAGAGAGAACUUAACUCUUCACUUGAAUUCAAAUUUACCCAUAAUCCGGACAAUCUAAUAGAACAGUUUGCUAUGCAACCAAGUACAGUUUUGGGAUUUCUUCAAGAAAAUUACUUAACCCGUUUCUCAAGUUUAAUUGAUGUAUGUGAAGGUGCUGAUGCAAUCAGUGCCGCAGACGUAAUGUUAAGCUCAAAUUUUAUGUUUGGAGUUUCUAUAUAUGACAUUAGUUUGUCAUCAUUGUCUGUAGCUGUCAGAGGACUAAUGUUAGCAAACAGAAAUCCCAUCAAGACAUUCCGAUCAAUUGUGAAACCUAAACAUUUCCAAUACACUAAUGAUGUAGACAUUUAUCAUGAUAUUAAAAGGUGGUUUGACAAUGAACAUGAAUCUCCCAAAAAUAUAUUGUUGGACCUGAUUCCUUUUGUAAAUGAAUUAGGAACAGAUAAACAAAAAGAAGCUACUAAAGAAUUUUGUCGUUUCAAAAGAAAAUGA